UUGAGCCUUAUUUCCAAAUGUUGGGUUAAUUUUUCUUUGCAGUCUCCCUCCCUGUGAGGGCAGAGGAUGUGUUCCUGGCUGUUUUAUUCUCAGUGGCUAGGCCCAGAAGUUCUGUCGAAUGAAUGAGGCAUCACUAAGGCCUACAUCACCUGGCUCUUGUGAGGGCAUUAUGAGAUGAUGCUUGCAAACUGCCUGUCCAAGUCUGACACAUAGUGACCGCUUAAGACAUAGGAGUAGUCAAUCUUAUUGUUAUGUGGCAACGGGGGAGGGGUGCUGCUGGGGGCCAGUCAUGACUUACAGGACAGGGCAUCCAUGACUCCUGUUAUGGAGGCAACUGUCCCAGAGAGGUAGCUGAGGCUGGGUCUUGGGGCCUGGGCGCCACCAAGCCAGAAUGCUGGAAGAACUAAUAUCUCUUCUUAGGAAUCUCCACGACAUACUUGAUUCCUCAGGUGCCAUCGGAGCAUUGGUGGCUUGGCUGAUCAGCUAUAAGCCAGCCUUGUUUGGGUUCCUAUUCUUUCUGCUGUUGCUUAGCAACUGGCUGGUCAAGCAUGAACUGAAGCCCACCCCCCCAAAGUCCCAGCAGGACAAGAUCCUCGAGCGGCUGAUGGUCAGUGAGAUGAAGCUGAAGGUCCUGGAGAAUCAGAUGUUCAUCUUGUGGAAUAAGCUGAGCCGCCAGGACAGGUGGAGCCGGCGGCGGGCUCUUCCUGCAGGGCAGCAGCACAGGCUGAGGGAGCGCGAGUCGAUCUCCAUCUUCUCCGAGUGCACAUCCCACUCCCCCUGACGCCGUCCCGUCCGAGCCCGGGUGGCUGGCCUCUUCCCGUGUCACCUUUACUCAGUAAAGCCCUGUCGGAGACCUUUGGAUUUUCUUAGUGAAUCACAACACAGGAGAGGACCGAGGCUGCAGGGUCACUCGCCCCAUCAGCGGCACAGCACCCCCCAGAGACGCAGCCUGCGGGCCCUA